AUGAAGCUAAUGGUAAGGUCCAUUGUGGACGCGACUUCACUUUGCUCCUUUCAGGUUCAUCAACCGAAGAUGAAAGUAUUCACCGUGGGUUUAGACGAUAAAGAGAAAUCUCAGAAGGUGGAUCUAGAAAGGGCUGAUGCCGUCAAGGCUUCUGCGGAGGCACCGGCACCUCUGCCUAUGCCAACUCCAAUCAUCGUCCCACAGGCAGCACCGAGAAAAAGAUUCGGAUGCGGAGUGUUGUCAUGGAUUGUGGCAGCGUUCUUCAUCGUGUUGUUAUGUCUGACUAUAUCCGAGAUCACCUACAACAGACAAAGAGAUCAGGCUUUCCUCAGGCUGAAAUGGGCUGAACUUCGCCAGCGUAUGCUCGGAUACGAACUGUUAUCGCAAGCUCAACAACAGGAAGCACAGCCUCAGAUUCAGCAGCAGCAGCCAGUUAAUGAGUUACCAGCGUUCCCAAGGCGCAACGACUUGACUGAGAAUACAGCCACGACAACCACUACCGCGCCGAUCACAGUGACUUCAACGGAGAAAUCUGAGCAAACUUCCUCAGAAGCGAGUAACGACGGAUUUUCAGCAAAAUUCGAUCUUCUUCGUAUGUUGCUGUCGAAGAUGCGCGAGAACGCUGAAGAGAUGGGGUUGACUGGUGAUAUGCAAGUUCACGUCAUUGAAGUGAAACCGAUUCCUAAUAAGAUGCCUCAGCAAUCCAUAGACGACGCUUUUGGAGAGGUCGCGAUGCCAAGGCAAUCGUUUGGACAGUGGCGAAAUAGCGAGGAAGAGCACAACGAAAUGGGAAACCGUGUUGAUUUGCCGUGGCAGUUUGAUCGCGAGAGCUCUCGUCCAGCUCCAUGGGUGCGACCAUUCGAGAGAAUGAAUCGCUGGGAUGGACCGCAGUGGGGGCAGGAGAACCCCUGGCCUCAGGAGAAUCGCAUGUUUGAGCCUUUCCAAGAUGCGCCUGAAGAGGAACCUCAAAUGAGGAUCACACAUCAUUUCGACAAGGUUAGACGACAUUGUCAAAAUUAUAUCAGCACUCAUUUAAGAAAUGUUGUAAUGGAAACUGCUCCCUGUAGAUGCGACUGUUGA